AUGUCAAGAAAGGCCUGCUUCAAGUUCGAGAAUCAAUGGUUGAAAGUCGAAGGCUUCAGAGAAGUGGUGCAGGCAGCAUGGGAUAAGCCGCAGACGGGAUCAUCGCAUACCAUUCUGAGUAAGAAGUUAGCCGAGAUUGCACGGGCUCUACGCGCAUGGAGUAAGCCCCUGUUCAGCAAUGCACGACUACAGCUACAUAUUGCAAAUGAGGAUGGCACCUUGGCCUGGAACAACGAUGGCAAACAGAAGGUCCUACAGGAAUAUUUCGAAAACCUGAUCGGGAAGAAGGAACAAAGGCAAAGAACCUUCAACUGGCCAGGCGUUCAACUGAACCCAUUGCAGCAGCUGCCGGGUCUGGAAUUGGACAGACCGUUCACAGAGAGUGAAAUCGAGCAUGCUGUGAAAGGUCUACCAAAUGAGAAGGCCCCUGGCCCCGAUGGCUUCACCAACGAUUUCUACAAGCAAUGUUGGGACAUAAUCAAAAUUGACAUCCUCGUGGCCUUCAAUGCCUUCCAUAUGCAUCGCAAUGGGGCAUUGGAACACCUAAACCGUGCUGAGGUAGUGCUGCUCCCCAAGAUUGAGGUGGCAACUGAGCCGAAGGACUUCAGACCAAUUAGCCUGAUCCACUCAUUUGCGAAGCGUUUAACGAAGGAGCUUGACAAGCUGCGAAGAAGGUUCCUCUGGGCAGGUGACAAAGAGUUGACUGGGGAAAAUUGCAAGAUAGCGUGGACCAAGGUCUGUAUGCCAACUCCAAACGGUGGUGCAGGUAUCAUCGAACUGGAAAGAUUCAGUAGAGCUUUAAGAUUGCGCUGGCUUUGGUUUUAUUGGGAUGAAAGAGGCAGAUCGUGGAGAGGCUUGGAGCUGCCAGUGGACAAGCAGGAUAUAGCUCUCUUCAAUGCGGCAACUAGUGUGACAAUUGGAAACGGUGAGAAGGCUAUCUUCUGGACCUCCCGCUGGUUUCUAGGAGAGGCGCCUGCAACACUCUUCCCUGCCUUAUUCAAACACAGCAAAAGAAAUAAUAGGUCGGUGAAGGAUGCCAUUACUGACCACAAAUGGGUUCGAGAUGUGGAUCAUAGCAUGACUGUGAACAUAAUAACAGAAUUUGUGGCCUUAUGGGAAAGACUACAGGGCAUUGAGUUGAGACCAUCAGAGGAUGACAGAAAAAUUUGGCGCCACACUGCGGAUGGCCAAUACAUGGCAAAGUCUGCAUAUCAGUUGCAGUUCAUUGGAACGACUAAGUCCAUGACAGCUGAUAUUACAUGGGCAACAAAAACACCACCGAAAUGCCGCUUCUUCUCUUGGUUGAUGCUCCAGAAUAGACCAAAUGAUUACUUCUGCCCGUUAUGUAUUAGAAAUCUUGAAACGAUGUACCACCUGCUCCAAGAGUGUUGCUUCUCAAGAAUAAUUUGGGAAAAGGUUGGCUCAUGGAUCUCGGCACCAGCGUUGAAGCCGGCUAACUGGAGCCAAACGGUGGAUUUCGGUCAGUGGUUCAUUGACAUGGGAAACAGUGGCCAGGGAGCCAAGAGAGAGGGCGUCCGUUCAGUCACCAUGCUGACCGUUUGGGAUAUCUGGAAAGAAAGAAACAAUCGAGUUUUCGGUAGAACUAGCAGGUCACCACAACAACUAUUCUGGGCGAUCCAAGAUGAAGCGAGGAUGUGGAUACGUGCAGGUAACAGUGGCGUAGAGAUUAUAAUCCCGUCGACGGCGCAGCAGCAGGGCAGUGCGACUGCCGGCCAUAUGAUUUAG